AUGGGCCAGCAGUACUCCCACCCCCAACCAGGCAAGAAAAUCCAAGUGAUCGGAGCCGGCCUCCCUCGCACUGGCACUGCAUCAUUCAGCCGCGCCUUGGAAAUCCUGCUAGAUGGUCCCGUCUACCACGGCGGCACGCAGACCACCCUCGGUCCCGAGGUCGAGAUCAAGUCAUGGAUCAAGGUCCUGUCCGGCUGGCCCCCCAAGUCGGAGGCCGAUCACCGCGAGAGGCUCGAGCUCGUCAGGCAAAGGACGGACGGCUUCUCCGCUAUCACCGACUCGCCGGGGUGCAGCAUGGUAUCCGAGCUGAUGACCCUCUACCCCGACGCGAAAGUGGUGUGCACCACCCGGGACAUGCACAGCUGGGAGCAGAGCAUGGAGGUCGUGGCGAGUGCAUCGACAAAGUGGUUCUUACGCUUUGUGCUCUUUCCGGUCCCGUCGAUGCGCCACUUCCCGGCCUAUAUCGACGGUCUCCGCGACCAGUGGAUUCACUGCUAUGGAGAGGCGGAGCCGCCGACAACUCAAACGUACCAACGCCAUGUCAAUUGGCUGAAGGAGAAUGUGCCUGCGGAUCGGCUAGUGAUGUUCGAUGUUAAGGACGGGUGGGAGCCCCUGUGUCGGGCCUUGGAGCUUCCUGUCCCCGAAGGCGUCGAGUUUCCGAGGAUCAAUGAUUCGAAAGCGAUAGAGGAAUUCUCAAAGCAGCAGGUUAUGAGAGGGCUGAAACGAUGGUGCUUGAUUCUGUCGACCUCGGGGGCAGUCGGCUUUGCCUUACUUCGUAGAUGA